UAUUGGUAGAGACUUCUAAGAAGUUGUCCCAUUCUAGGAGAGACACGAGUAACAACAUUAACAUGCCUGCUGUGGCAUCUGUACCUAAAGAGCUGUAUCUCUGUACUUCAUUGAAAGAUCUCAACAAGAAGACAGAAAUAAAACCUGAAAAGACCAGCACAAAGAGUUAUGUGCAGAGUGCCCUUAAGAUUUUCAAGGCGGCAGAAGAAAGCAGAUUGGACAGAGAUGAAGAAAAAGCUUACGUCCUGUAUAUGAAAUAUGUAACUGUUUAUAAUUUUAUUAAGAAGAGACCUGAUUUUAAACAGCAACAGGAUUAUUUUCAUUCAAUUCUUGGACCUACGAACUUAAAAAAAGCUAUUGAAGAAGCCGAAAGACUCUCAGACAGCCUUAAACUCAGAUAUGAGGAAGCUGAAGUUCGGAAAAAACUUGAAGAGAGAGAUAGGCAAGAGCUGCAGAAAAAGCAAGAAACGAAAGAUGAUGGAAAGGGUUCAGCCAAGAACUCUUCAGAAAGCUCAGCAGAUUCCAAAGGAAAAAGCCAAAGGAUCAAUGGUGAGAAGACACAUUCCCUGGAAAAAAACGAUCAGUCUGACAGUCUGAGUGGAGCAGUCACUGCUGAGAAACUGUUUGCAAUGAUGACAGACAAAAACAUUGAACUGAUCAUAAUGGACACUCGAAGCUUGAAAGAUUAUCAAGAAUCCUGUAUUCCAAGAUCUAUCAGCGUCCCAGAAGAAGCAAUCAGUCCUGGAGUUACCACAAGUUGGAUUGAAGCUCGACUCCCAGAGGAUUCUAGAGAUCCAUGGAAGAGGAGAGGACAUUUUGAUUAUGUUAUACUGCUAGACUGGUUUAGUUCUGCAGAAGACUUAAAGCUUGGAACAACACUGCAAAGCCUGAAAGAUGCACUUUUUAAGUGGGAAAGCCAACCUCUACUGCAGAAUGAGCCUUUAAUCCUAGAAGGAGGCUAUGAAAACUGGCUCCUUUGUUUUCCCCAGUACACCACAAAUGCUAAAGUAACUCCACCCCAGCACGGCAGGAGAGAAGCAGUGACUGUUUCUUUGGAUUUUACUUAUCCAUCUCUGGAGGAGCCRGCUCCUGUUCCACCUGUUGUUGCUAUAAAGCCAACUCCAAUAGAAGUAGCUGAGAAUGAAGAAACAGGAAGUAAUUUGGAAGAGAGACUAAAAUCUCUUAACAGACCAAGUGCACAGGCUGCAACUAUUCCCAAAUCUGACAGCUUAUCUGGAGUUCAUCCAGUACCAAUUACAAGAAGCAUCCCUGAGGUUGAUCGCACUAAAAAGCCUUCACUAAAACAGCCCAGUGAUAACAGACCAAAAUCUGAGAGCACCAUCACUGACAGCCAGCCUGUUGAGAAUGGACGCAUCAUUCCAGACCGGUCCACAAAGCCCCUGCAUGAUGCAAAGAACAUUUUGACAGAAGAAGAAAAAAGUCGCAUACACGCAGAAACUGCUGCCAUGCUAGAGAAGAACAAGCGGGAAAAAGAAUUGCGGGAGAGGCAACAAGAAGAACAGAAAGAAAAACUCAAGCAAGAAAAAGAACAACAGGAACAAAAAGCAAAGGAAGAGAAGAAAGAAAAGGAAUACAAAGAAAAGCUGCAACAAGCCAAAGAGCAGAGAGAACAAAAGGACAGGGAAGAACAGAUAAAAAAAGAACGGGAAGAAAAAGAAAAAGAGACAGCACAGAAAGAAGUAAUAGAAGCGAAAAAGCAAAACAAAAAUGAACCAGAAAGUAUUGAUUUGARAAGUAUUGAAAUUGAAAAAAUAUCUAUGGAAGAAAGAGAAAAGGGAACCAGAACACCAGAAAUGCAGAGAAGUGCCCUGGGUGAUGCAUCUCAGACCUUUGUGACCACCUCAGGCAAGCAAACUGGGGUUAAAGGAGAACCAGACAGUGGAGCUCAAAAGCCAGGAGCCGUUAGAGAGGAUUCUGAACAAGAUACUGAAAGACUUAAAUCUCAGCGGGAGCCAUUAAUGAGAGCGAGAAGUGAGGAAAUGGGAAGGAUAAUACCAGGACUGCCUCCAGGCUGGGCAAAGUUUCUGGAUCCAAUCACAGGAACCUUUCGAUAUUAUCACUCGCCGACAAACACCGUUCACAUGUACCCACCAGAAAUGGCUCCUUCAUCCACUCCUCCAUCUACCCCGCCAACCCAUAAACCCAAGCCACAGGUGGCUGCUGAACGAGAAAGAGAACACUCCAAACUGAAGCGCUCCUAUUCCUCCCCAGAUAUAACCCAAGCCAUUCAGGAGGAAGAGAAGAGAAGAAUUCCUGUGACCCCUACAGUCAAUCGUGAAAAUAAACCGGUCUGUUAUGCUAAACCUGAAAUUUCAAGACUCUCCGCAUUACAAAUUCGGAAUCUCAACCCUGUGUUUGGGGGAUCGGGACCAGCUCUGACCGGACUUCGUAAUCUAGGGAACACUUGCUAUAUGAAUUCCAUAUUACAGUGUUUGUGCAACGCACCCCAUCUAGCUGAUUAUUUCAACAGAAACUUGUAUCAAGAUGAUAUUAACAGGUCAAACUUCCUGGGGCAUAAAGGUGAAGUGGCUGAAGAGUUUGGUGUAAUAAUGAAAGCUUUGUGGACAGGACAGUAUAAAUAUAUCAGUCCAAAAGAUUUUAAAAUUACAAUUGGGAAGAUUAAUGACCAAUUUGCUGGAUACAGCCAGCAGGACUCCCAAGAACUGCUCCUCUUUCUAAUGGAUGGCUUGCAUGAAGACCUAAAUAAAGCAGACAAUAGGAAGAGACACAAGGAAGAAAACAACGAUCAUCUUGAUGACUUCAGAGCAGCGGAGCUGGCUUGGCACAAACACAAACAGCUCAAUGAAUCCAUUAUUGUUGCACUCUUUCAAGGCCAGUUCAAGUCCACAGUGCAGUGUCUUACGUGUCACAAGAAGUCCCGGACAUUCGAGGCGUUCAUGUACUUGUCAUUACCCCUUGCAUCCACCAGUAAAUGUACGCUGCAGGAAUGCCUUAGGCUGUUCUCCAAGGAGGAAAAGCUCACGGAUAACAAUAGAUUUUACUGUAGCCAUUGCAAAACUCGAAGGGAUUCUUUGAAAAAAAUAGAAAUUUGGAAACUACCACCUGUUCUUCUUGUGCACUUGAAAAGAUUUUCCUAUGAUGGAAGAUGGAAGCAAAAGCUUCAAACAUCUGUAGAUUUCCCAUUGGAAACUCUUGACCUGUCGCAGUAUGUUAUUGGUCCAAAGAAUAACUUGAAGAGAUACAAUCUGUUUUCAGUUUCAAAUCAUUAUGGAGGGUUGGAUGGAGGACACUAUACAGCCUACUGCAAAAAUGCUGCAAGACAACGUUGGUUUAAGUUUGAUGACCAUGAAGUAUCUGAGAUCUCAGCGUCAUCUGUGAAAUCCUCAGCUGCAUAUAUUCUCUUUUACACCUCUUAUGAACAGAGGGCGGUGGAUAUAGCCACAUAAAAUAGUGUUGUUUAAGAAAAAUGAUUCUAAUAAGAUUCCUUGUAUAAGAGCAAAAUAGCUAUGGGAAUGCAUAUAAAUAUGCAAAAUUGUGACAAACAGAGUCACUUACAGAACAUGGGGAUGGUUGCAGCAGCAGUACUAUUGCUUAAAGCUGAAGACUGUUUAAACAAAUGCUUGUGGUAAUUCUGCCAUCUGUGAGACCAUUUACAAGGCAAACUGGCAUUACCAUUUAUUUAAAAACAGCUAUAUUGUUAGCCUGCUCCCAAAUUCAAUUCUAAACUAGUAAUUUGAAAUCUAAUAAUAAGUAGUUCAAAAUGUCUUAAAAUCCCAAGGCAUAUCUUGAGUUUUUUUUUCUUUCACUGUUAUGGCCUUUUCACAUUUCUAACCUUAAGCUUGAUUCUACUGUGAAUACUCUAGAAUGAUGUAAACAGUUAGGAAUGUAAGUGUACAUAUUGAUUGCAUACUUGCACAUCAAAACUAUGUAUAUAAUAAAUUGUYGUCCUUUUUGUGAGAAUCCUUAAACUCAGAGGAUUGCUUCUUUGCCAGCUCUAAGUAAUAGCAACACUACUAAAUAAAAAAAAGCAGAGCUGUAUCCUUCUGUUAGCUUUUGUCACUAUUUGUG